GGUCUUUGAAAGCAACCGGUUCGCUUCUACUGUUUCAGGUUCGGAUGCAGUCCUAAACGGAUGCAAGGGGGAGCUGUUGUCAUCAGGCCCGGCUUUGGAGUGACGACCCUUUGUCCAGGGGAAAUGGCUGGGAUUAAAGCUCUCAUCACGUUGUCCUUCGGAGGGGCAAUUGGUCUCAUGUUCCUCAUGCUGGGAUGUGCCCUCCCUGUGUAUGACAAGUACUGGCCGCUGUUCCUCCUGUUCUUCUACAUCCUCGCGCCCAUCCCGUACUGCAUCUCGCGGCGGGUGGUGGACGAAAGCGACAGCUCCAGCAAUGCCUGCAGAGAGCUCGCCAUCUUCCUCACCACUGGCAUUGUCAUCUCGGCCUUCGGCCUGCCCAUAGUCUUUGCGCGAGCCCAAGUCAUUGCUUGGGGUUCGUGUGCACUCGUCUCCACGGGUAACAUCGUCAUCUUCGGGACCAUUCUGGGCUUUUUCAUCGUCUUUGGCUCCAACGAUGACUUCAGCUGGCAGCAGUGGUAAACCAGCAGAGUCGAGGGCAGGGGGGAGUCGCACCCAUUUUUAUUAUGGUUAUUAGUGUCAUUAUUGACGGUCUUAUUUGGUCCUAGUUGUUAUUUAUAGUAGUCACUCCGAAGCCGUGCAAUACUUUUUGUUUUAUACCGAAAUGCUUCACAUUGAACUGACAUAAAGCGGAUGAAGUUUUUGUCCGAAAUGUAACGUUACAUCUGUUGUGAUAUUUAAGUGUUAGGAACCAAACUGCCAUCAACAAAUUGAAUUGCUGUGAAAACUAUGAAAAGAUUACCUGAAGGCCUACAUGAUAUAUGUUUAAUGCGCUUUUUAGUGUAAUUUGGUUGUAUGUGAAGUGUUUUUAACUUUUUACUCCAGUCCACGUCCCUACAGUUGUGCUCAAAAUUAUUCAGACUCCAUUGUUGUACAGUGUUGUAGCAAGUCUGACAUUUAUUUGCUUUUUUAUCUCAUUCAUAAACGGAUCAAAUAAGAACUGAUGUGUAAAAUAGACAAAUGCAUUUGUCAAUAAUACAAGUCUCAAUUUAUCUGAUUAUGAACUAGCAGAACACUCUGGGAAUGUAGACUUCCGCCAAAGCAGCCAAAUUCAAAGAAUUGCCAUAUUUCGUACGUCUGUGACCUUUGACUAUUUCUCUUUUCAACUACCCUACAAAUCUGAGUUAAGCAGGCUAAUGCGUCAAGUUAUCACAGAAUUCCUCUUCUGAUAUCCGUGAUCUUUGACCUCAUUGCCCACAACUUUUAAUAAUCUCUUCUGUGUCAUAUUACAAACAUAUCAUGCAAGUUUGAUAAUAAUCUCUUUAUUUGUUCUUGAGUUAUCUUGAAGACAGAGAAAAACAGAUGUAUGGAACCCAAUACAUAACCUUCAGCUUCCGAGGAUUUCACCUCCUGGCAUAGUUAUUAAUAAGAUUUUAAAAUAAAUAAAUAAAUGUAAUACUACAAUACUACGCAGCAGUCGGGGGUUGAAUAAUUUUGAAUAACUGCCAUAAUACAAUGAAGCCGGGAUGGGAAAUUGCAAAAGAAAAAUGUAUUAUUGUAAUGUUUUUUUUCCCAACUCACAUUCUAGUAUACACCAAGUAUAUACAUAGAGGUCAUUACCCCCUUUUUGAUGGCCAAUUUCGUUAUGAAAAAGAAAAAGAAAAAAAAACAACAUAUUUUUUCUUACUUUCAAUUUGUAAAAUAGUUUCAAAAUUUUGGAAAUACCUGUACACCAGUGUUAUUUUGCAUUUUAAUCUCAUAAUGUUGAUUUGUGGACAAUCACCACUACUUUGUAGGCUUCCAGCUCACUGGUUGCUACUGAUGUCAAUAUACGUUUAAUCCAUUUUGCCUGGGAAGGUGGCAGCGAUCAUUCGCUGUCAGCCCCUCUCGGUCAAAAUGGAUUGGACAUUUAUUGCUGUUGAUGGCAGCCAAUGAGCUAAUUGAAAAAUCUAGUGCCAUAUCAUUUUGGCUGGUUUUUUUUUUCCUUUUUUUUUUUUUCUCUCUUUCUCACAUUGCCCGAAUGAUCCAAAAGCAUUCUCAACCCAACUGACAUCCGUCCAUUCCUAUGACUUUCAUUUUUUCAUUUUUUUUUCUCUUAUACUGACCUGACUUCAGUGAAGGCAUUGAUUGUACUCAGAAGGACUGAAAUGAAGGCAGCUUUGUGGAAAAACUACUGACAUUUUUGUAUUUUGUUCCAUUAUACUAAUGAUUCGGAGUCGGUCAAAAGUACAGGAGACGUAGCGACUGAUGGUGUGCUUAAAAAAAUGCAAAUGAAAUAACAUGAAGAAUUUGCUGUCAAAUGUGUGGUCUGACUGAAGUGUUGCGUAGCAUUAGCUCGGGCCUUUCUGGUUGUUACUGUUACUAGCAAUUUGCUCCCACACCGGCGGUCAUGUUGUAUUUAUUUUAUUUAAUUGAACAGCUUAUGUUUGCUGCUGUUCUUCUUUGGCAGAAGUCAGCAUGACAAGGUUUGUUUUUGUUGUUAAAUAAAUGCAAUUUUGGGACAUUUU